AAUGCAAACAGAAGAAAAACACAGCAAAUGUGGUGAAUAUGUAAUAAUUGAAAAAUUAGGAUAAGGAUAUCAUGCAAAGUAUAUCUCUAUUUAUAUAUAAAUAUAUUAGAGUCAAAUUAGCUGAGAAAGAUGGAAAAAAAGUGGCUAUUAAGUUGUUCAAGACUCAACAUAAUACUGCUUAAAACAUAAAAUCUCUUGCUAAUGAAAUCAAUAUUCUCAAAUAAUUAAAUCAUCCUAAUUUAGUCAACCUUAUUGAGUUUAGUGAUGCUCUUCCUUAUAAAGUAAUCAUACACUAAAUAUUUAAAUAGAAAAAAAAUGGAACAAUUAUACCACGUGUAUGCAUAAUAUUGGAAUUAGCUUAAAGAGGAGAACUUUUCUAAUAUGUAGCAUCUUCAGGAAGAUUUGCUCCUGAAAUUACAAGAUAUUAUUUUAAAUAAUUAUUGUCUGCUAUGAUUUAUAUGACAAAUAAAGGGAUUUGUCAUAGAGAUUUGAAAUUAGAGAAUAUUUUAUUGGAUGAGAAUUUCAAUCUUAAAGUUGCUGAUUUUGGAUUUGCUAAAGUAAUGGAAAAACCAAAGUAAAAGACAAAUCUUGGAACUCCAGGUAUCAUCUCUUAACAUAAUUAUAGGUUAUACUGCACCAGAAAUAACUUAAAAUCGUGAAUAUAAUGGAACUUAAGCAGAUAUAUUUUCAAUUGGUGUAAUAGUAUUUAUUCUACAUGCUGGAUCACCACCUUUUUCAACAGCUACUGAAACAGAUCCUUUCUUUAAAUUAAUAAUUCACAAUAAAAGAGAUGAAUUUUGGAAUUGUCAUAUAAAAAACAGGUCUGAUAUUUUCCCAUAAGAUUUCAAGUAGAUUUUAAAUUAAUUACUAUUUAUUAGGAAUCUAAUUAAUGGUAUGUUGGCUCCAAAUCCUGAUGAAAGAUUUACUUUAGAUUAAUGUUUGUAACAUCCAUGGACAAAUGGAGCAGUUGCUACACCUUAAUAAAUUAAAAUUGAAUUCAAAAAAAGAUAUGCAAGAAUAUAAGCUGAAAGCUAAGCUUCCCAGAUGAAAUUAAAAGCAUAAAAGUAGAAUAUAAUAAGUAUUUUCAUCUUAAUUUUCAAAAGGAAAACCUAUUGGUAAAUUCAGAAGUAUUAUUAUUGGAGAAACAGAAUAAGAAGAUUUCACAGAAACUAUUGAAAAAUAAUAAUUGAAUUUAGAAAAUAGAUUCUUAAAUAAAGGUUAAGUUAUAGGAUUACCAAAUGAAAUCUUACUUUAUUUAGAUCCAAAUUUUAUAUUGUGUUAUUUGUUAAAAUAUUGUACUAAAUUUAAUUCUGAAGUAAAGAAAAUUCAUAACUCAAAAUAUAAAGUAUAUUAAUUAUUUUUUAUUUUAGAUUAAUUUUGUAACUAAUGAAGAAAUAGAUGAAACUAUUGAAUAUUCAGUUGAAUUUUUAGAUUGUGAAAAUGAAUUGAUUAAAGUUAAUAUAACCAAAAAUUCAGGAGAUUAUUUUUAAUUCAAUUAAAUCUAUAAAAGAAUAAAAAACGUUCUACAAGAAAACUACAAAGAAUACUUUAAAGAAGAAAUUUAGUAAGAAUGA